GAUUGCCGCGCAGUUUAAGUUUGGCCGCUGGAGAUGGCGGCCGUUUGGUUACCCAUCGUGUUCCUGUUGAGCUGGUCAUCAACAGAACUGAGCCAUGGCCAGCAAGUGAUUAACAGCAAGCAGGCGCAGCUCUUUCUGGAUUGCUCCUGCCUGCAUGCCAACGAGCGGAAUGCCACACAGUGGGGCAACCUUGCCAUUAAUGCCAGCCACACGGUGGGCGCGAAAAACAACUGCCUGAUGAUCUUCAUUGGGGGCACAAGCGACGAGCUGGUCGUCUUCCAUUUGCAGCAGCUGCAACUGCGCCCCGGCUGCUUGGACACCGUCGAGGUCUUUCCGUAUCUUCGGGAGCCCGUCAUCGAGAACUCGACGCUGGCGUCGUAUACUUGGUGCCAGCACAGCGAUCGCAAUGCCACGCCUAUUUAUACCGCCGGGAGGCUGCUGGGACUUCGCUUAAGUUUUCAACAGCCGCCAGCCAAGUUGACCAACUGGCCAUUGAAUCUGACAGCCAGCUAUCGGUUCCUCAAACAAGAAUCCUUCAGAACUGAGGGUCGCCUGGUGCCACACAGCUUCUGCGAUUAUUAUUUCUUUGCCAGCACCUCAGCAGAUGGCCAGCUGGGUCAGGGCCACUUCCACUCGCCCCGCUUCCCCGCCCACUAUCCAGCGCACAUCAAAUGCGCCUACAAAUUCAUUGGCAGACCCGACAGCCGCGUCGAGCUGCAGUUCGAGGAGUUGCAGCUGCCGCCGGUGACUCAUGGUGGCUGUCAGUUGGAUGCAGUGACCAUCUUUGAUGCGGAGUCAGCUCACAUGAAUGCCGUCAUCGAUGUGCUGUGCUCACCUUGCCCCACACGUCGCAUCCUUAGCAGCGGGCCUGAUCUGCUGCUGGAGUUCAAUGCCAGCUCAAAUCGCACUGCAAAAGGGUUUCGUGGCAAGUACAAAUUCGUGGCCGACGAGCAGCGUUUGGUGGCACCCAUUUUGGAGGCAGCCAGUGUCGCCUUGAAGCCGCCGCUUUCAGCGCCCGCUAAGGAAAACAGUUUGCAGGAUACGCAAGAUGCGAAGGGACGCUCGAAUCGUAAGUUGGCGCCCCAUAAAUUAGCCUUAUGGUAG